GGAGCCACAUCGACUGAAUCUGGGCAAGGGAAGGAGCCUGUUACGCGUCGCUCGGUCCCAGCUGCAGAUCCUGGAAGUGAAGGAAGAUGGGGUCCGACUGUUUGAAAGUCACCAAGUAUUUCCUCUUCCUUUUCAACCUUCUCUUCUUUAUCCUGGGUGCUGUGAUCCUGGGCUUUGGAGUGUGGAUCUUAGUCGACAGAAGCAGUUUCAUUUCAGUUCUGCAGACUUCAUCUGAAUCGCUAAAGGUCGGUGCAUACAUCCUCAUUGGAGUUGGGGCAGUCACCAUGCUGAUGGGGUUCCUGGGCUGUGUUGGAGCAGUCAAUGAGGUCCGAUGCCUCUUGGGUCUGUACAUCACCUGUCUGCUGCUGAUCCUCCUAGCUCAGGUUGCUGCCGGACUGCUCAUCUAUUUCCAGCGAGAUGCACUGAAAGCAGAAGUGUCCAUCGUGGUCCGUGACCUCAUUCGGGAUUAUGACCCUGAUAAUCAAGACAAAAAGAACAUCCAGGAUGCAUGGGACUAUGUGCAGGAACGGCUCACUUGCUGUGGCUGGACUGGGCCACAGAACUGGACGGAAAAUGAGAUCCUCCUGAACAAAAGCCUGACUUUCUACCCCUGCUCCUGCUUCAAUGGUUCAGUUGAUGACCUGCAUAAGAGUGGUUUCUGUGACAUCGCUACUAAUAAGACUGUGUCGGUUGCUGACUGGCCUGUUUAUACAAAGGGUUGCAUGAGUAGUGUGCAGAGCUGGUUACAGGACAACCUUGGCAUCAUCCUUGGAGUCUGCACAGGUGUUGCUGUCAUUGAGCUGUUGGGGAUGGUGCUGGCCAUUUCGCUCUGCAAGAACAUACACAGAGAAGAAUACAGCAAAGUACCCAAGUAAUGAGUCUUCUGACUGUGGAGCUACCCCACCGCAGAGGCACAAACAGAACAUUCCUCCUGCCCUCAUCCCCCUCAGACUGUCCCAUCACACUGACCAUUACUCCAGUGAGAUCCCAUUUCUCUCAAAACACGAGGAACUGUAGUGGGGCAAUACAAUAUGAAUCUUCUGGUGAUCAGGGCCCUGGGCAGCCCCUCUCCUGUCUCUGGAUAGUUCCUACUCUGUGAAGCGGGCCACUUAUCUAUCUUGCAUCAUAUGAUCUGAUCAACCUGAGAGGGCACGAAAUUUUCACUGCUAACUGCGUGUUUAACAGUCUCCUUCCCAUCUUUAUUCCCUUCCAGUCCAUUAGGCCUACAAUAGAAUAAUCCUCCUCCCCACGCCACCUCUCUUCACCACGUGAGCUGGGAAUCCAAUGAACCAGCAAGAAGACUGAGGGCUUGGCCUACUGGUGAUGAGUCACCCUUUGGAGUACAUUGUGGGUGAAAGAAUGCUUCCCUUCCGAUUAGCCUCACCUUGUCUUCUUCCUGCCCUUGCCCCCAUCCAACUCCGACUGAAUCUGAGCAUACAAUGUUCUAGACAGACACCCCUGGCUCCCCAAAAUCAUUCCUCCCAUUUUUGGAGUAAACCAAACGCUGCCUUCCAUGUAGCUCCCUUCCCCUUCUCAUUAGAUUAGAAGCCUCCUGGAAGGAGCCACGCCCACCCAUUCCAAGUAUGGCCCAUCCAGCAGCUUGUGAUGUCAUUGCUGAGCUGCUCUUGGAACAGAGGCAGAUGGGUUUUGGGCUUUGCUAAUUUCAUAGCCCCUUCUUCCAUCCCUAGUCCUCCCUUUCACUGGCUCCUGUUGGCUCAGUGGCACUUUAGAGACUGUUGAAUAGCACAGGUGUCUGUGGACUCAGCCCGGACUGGCUCUGCUGGGCAUGUUCUUGGGUUGCCAACUUUUAUAGAGGUGAUGACUAAUUAUUUUUCCAGUAUGCAAUCUACGAUUGUUAAUUCUUUGUUUUUAAUUAUGAUGUUAAGACAAAGGCAUCUGUAUCUUGAUUGCUGGCCAGGGAGGGACAGCUACCAUUGGAGUCCUGGUC